GUGAAACUACUGGCGUUAACAUGAUAUUGGCUUGUCUGACAGAGUUAGCAGGUACCAGUUGUAUCUCAGAAAUAUUACAUGGACCUGAAUAUGGAGUGUUUCGUGAGAUAUAACGAAGGAAGUGACCAAGUACGCAGCGCCACAAUUGCCCAGGAUAUAAUGGACGAAGAGGAGAUUCUCAGAGAUGAUCUGAAAUACUACUUCAUGAACCCGUGCGAGAAAUACCGAGCACGCCGCCAGCUGCCAUGGAAACUUGGGGUGCAGAUACUGAAAAUCAUCAUGGUUACCACGCAGCUUGUCCUUUUUGGGCUGAACAAUCAGCUUGUGGUUUCAUACAAAGAGGAGAAUUCUAUGGCUUUCAAGAACCUGUUUCUGAAGGGCUACAGCGGAGCUGACGAGGAUGACUACAGCAUGGCAGUAUACUCUCAACAGGAUGUCUACGAUAGCCUGUUUCAUGUGCUGGAUCAAUAUGCACAGUUAAAGAACCUCUCUGUGGGACCUGUGAGUUAUGCUGCAGAUGACACUAAGCUGGUGCCCCUUGUCAUCUGUAAAGAGCAUUACAGGAGAGCUAGUGUGGAGCCUUCUGAUGAGUUUUACGACAUUGAUGCCCAGACAGAGACAGUUUGCUUGAAGCUGGAUCCCACAACACUUGAUGACAGCAAUUGGAGAAGGGACAAUCAAUCUUUUUUUGUCCUUGACUUUUACAGGCUUAUAGAUGUUAAGAUUACCUUCCAGCUAAAAGGUAUCAACCUACAAACAGUUCGCUCCCGUGAGUUGCCAGAUUGUUACACAUUCUUUGUGACGAUUACUUUUGAUAACAAAUGUCACAGUGGGAAGAUGAAAAUAUUUUUGGAUUUUGAUGCAGUCAGCAGUGCCUGCAAAAACUGGAAAAUUUCAGGAACUGCUCAGAAGAACACCCAUUACCUGCUUAUAUUUGAUGGCUUUGUCAUCGUGGUAUGUCUGACCUCUGCAGUGCUUUGCACCCGCUCAAUCGUACUAGCAGUGAAAUUACUUCAGAGAUUUUCUAGAUUCUUUCAGAUAAAUUACAAGCGCAAAGUGUGUGAAGCAGAUCAAAUGGAAUUCUUGAAUGGGUGGUACAUAUUGGUCAUAAUCAGUGAUAUCUUGGCAAUAGUAGGGUCGAUACUGAAGAUGGAAAUACAAGCAAAGAGUCUUACCAGCUAUGAUGUCUGCAGCAUCUUUCUAGGGAUCUCGACACUGCUGGUGUGGGUUGGAGUGAUCAGAUACCUGGGAUAUUUUCAGAAAUAUAAUGUGCUCAUCCUUACUAUGAAGGCAGCCUUCCCCAAAGUCCUGCGCUUUUGCUGCUGUGCUGGAAUGAUCUACCUGGGCUACACCUUCUGUGGAUGGAUCGUUCUUGGGCCUUAUCAUGAAAAGUUUGAAGGCCUGAGCCGUGUGGCGGAGUGCUUGUUCUCCUUGGUGAAUGGAGAUGACAUGUUCCCCACAUUUGCUCAGUUCCAGGAGAAGAGUUCACUGGUGUGGCUCUUCAGCAGGGUCUAUCUGUACUCCUUCAUCUCACUCUUCAUUUACAUGAUUCUCAGCCUCUUCAUUGCCCUCAUCACUGAUUCCUACGAAACGAUUAAGAAUUACCAGAAGACUGGUUUCCCAGUGACAGACCUCCAGAAGUUCCUGAAAGAACACAAGGACUUCUCCUGUUCUGAAGACAGCAGGGAAACAGGGACAGACUACUUGGUGCUCUGCUGCUGUAGAAGGCCUCCUACAGAUGAUGACAUCUUACUCAUUAGCUGAGGGUAGCAGCAAUAAAGACCACAAGGAGAGUACUGUAUGAACUGAAAAGUUGGGAAGACAUACAGAUUAUUGCCUAGGAAAAUGCUGGAUUUCAUUACAGACAAAAUCAAGAUGGACAAGAUAAAGAACAUUUAACAGACAGAAUGGCAGAUGAAGCCAUGGUAUUCCACUGGGAGCAAGUAAAAGCUCUUAGUGACAAUGUUGCGGUUUUUUACAUUUCUGUUUAAUGUGAAACUGAUAUCCACGGAAGAGACAUGUCAGCUUAGCAUUAGCCGGAAAAAGGAAGCCUAAUAGUAGCCAUUUGUUUGUAAUGAAAAUUGUUGGUACAAAUGGAUACCAAUGCAGUUAGUGGCUGGAGUGAAAGCCAUUCGAUUAAGGUUUACAGGAAAUGAUGUCCAUGUUUGUACUGCAAUAGCUUGGCUCCUGUGUGUUUACACUGAUGCAUAAUGUGCAAUAAUUUCUGUAAA